CUGGUUUCUUUCAGUGUGUGUGUGUAGGCAGGUGCAACCUCAUGGUUUAGCGGAAUUUUCUGUGUGACAUUCUCCAGAUAAAUUUUAAGCGUUUAUAAACUGCAAACAAGAAUAAGUGAAGAAAACUGUUUCGUAAAAUCGCUACGUGUAUCUUAGUAAAUGAAAUGGCUUAGAUUGUGACGUGUUGUCAGAAGCAGUUUGCCCAUGCAAUGAUCUCCGUCAUGUACUUCGUGACUGACGAGAAAAGGCGGCCAGUGAAAUUCAACACAUUCGCUAUACUGUAGAACUAAAGCAAUGGACCAGGAGCCAGCGAUGUGGAUAAAAAAAGAGGAAGCGGACGAAGUAAAAACAGAGUUAUACUUCAUGAAUCAGCAGAUGCAGGCCUAACUGGAUGCCCUUGGACAGCUCGUCAGGGUCAACAUGCAAUUCAAAACGAUGCGGCAGCCGCCGCUCCACCGCAGCCACAACACGCAGUGGCACCACCUUUUUGUCAGUUUGAUGCGUCAAUGGAAAACUGGACGGAGUGGUCACGCCAAUUUGGAUUUCAUCUCGCCGCCUACAGAAUUCAAGGCCCAGGUUUACCCACUCAACAUGAAUAUAAAAGAAGAGUUGGAGGAGAGUGUGAAUAAAGAGUCCAUUGAAGAUCCAUUGGGAAUAUCGUGGUCCACUGAUUUUAUCAAGGAGGAUCCUGAAUUAAAUUUGGAAAUGAGUGUAACUGAGAAUAUUGUGGAAACCUCAACAAGAUAUGCAUCUGAUAGUACAAGAUUGACUCAGUGUACUAGUGGGAGCUGUGGCAUACCAUGUGAAGAAACUUGUCACCAUAGACUGGUCCAGGAUGAGUUGGUGAUAGACAUGAAGUCAACACAUGAGUUUGGUACUAAUACAGAAGAUAUGACUCUUGAUAAGAACUGCUCAGUUGCCACGCGAUAUAACUGUAGUACGAGGGAAAAUGAAUUACAUGUAUAUAGCUGUAAUUUCUGCCAACAGAGCUUUCCUUCAAAAUACAGAUUCAUAAAGCAUGUGUUUAUGCACAUUGAUGGCAUGCAACCACCUUUGUAUGUUUGUAGGUGGUGUGGUGAAGUAUUUCACAGUAAUGUUAGUUUGAAAAAACAUUUGAGAAUGAGUGAGAAUUAUCAUGUCUUAACUGCUGGAAACCGUGAAAAAUAUGGCUCUAGUGAAGAGCAUCAAAGCAGUAUCUUCUCAGAUAGUGAGCCAGAAGUUUCUAUCGCAGAAUACAACGAGCUGAAUUCAUACAAGGAAACAUGGAAAGCUGCUAGUGACAUAGGUAACACACACAUGACAAAUGAUACAGAGGAAACAAAUCAUUAUAGAUCUUUAUCUACAACUGUUAAUGUCAGAUCCCAGGGUGAUGUACUUACUGCAAACAGAAUCCACAAAUGUGAUGUUUGUGGCAAAUAUUUUGCUGGUGCAGGCAAUCUCAAGAAACAUGGAUUAAUUCACACUAGAAAAAAACCUCACAAAUGUACGAUUUGUGGGAAAUCUUUUGCUUUCCCAAGCCAUCUCAAGAAACAUGUGUUUCUUCACACUGGAAAGAAACCUCAUAAAUGUGAGCUUUGUGGACAAUCUUUUGCCAGCAGAAGCACUCUCAAUAGACACACUCUCAAUAGACACACUAUAAUCCACACUGGAAAUAAAAUCCCACAAAUGCGAGAUUUGUGCGAAAUCUUUUGCCAGCAGAAGCACUCUCAAUAGACAUACAAUAAUUCACACUGGAAAAAAAUCCCACAAAUGCGAGAUUUGUGGGAAAUCUUUUGCUUUCCCAAGCCAUCUCAAGGAACAUGUGUUUCUUCACACUGGAAAGAAACCUCAUAAAUGUGAGCUUUGUGAACAAUCUUUUGCCAGCAGAAGCACUCUCAAUAGACACACAUUAAUUCACACUGGAAGAAAAUCCCACAAAUGCGAGAUUU